AUUACUAAACUCGAUAGUCGAUAAUACUCGAUAUAUAGUAAUUUCAAUGACCAUUGCCCGGAAUUACUGAGUUGGGAACUUGGGAUAUAACAGUUGAUAGUUAAAUAGUACGUAUUUCGUUUCGAAGCCUGAAAUAAACAUGAGUUUCACGGUUUCCAAGUGUUUUUGCAACGUCGUAAGGACCUUGUCUCGCUCCAAUUACACGAGUGCCAUAAGCUUGAAAAAUCUACACCCUAAGAGUUCGUUGAAAAUUACCACACCAUCACCUGAACAAUUGUCAGUUGAUGAUAAAAUUUUUACGGGAUAUAUACCAGUAGAAGAACUGGAUAUCACAUAUAGCACUUCUAGUGGUCCAGGGGGUCAGAAUGUUAACAAGGUCAAUACCAAAGUUGAUUUGAGAUUCAAGGUGGAAUCGGCUAAAUGGCUCAAUGAAGAAGUCCGACAGAAACUUAUUGAUAUUCACCAAAAUAAACUUACUAAAGAGGGAUAUUUGGUAAUUCGGUCAGAAAAGACACGGUCACAACAACUGAAUCUUGCAGAUGCCAUGGAACGAUUACGUUCUCUUGUAUGGAAAGCUGCUGAACCUGAGCCAAAGCAAUCUGAAGAAACCAUUGAAAAAAUAAGACGCAGGAUUGAGAAAGCAAAUCGCACAAGAUUGAUAGAAAAGAAAAUGAAAUCCUUGACCAAGAGCAAUCGUCAAGCACCAACAGUGUUCUAAGUACAUGUAGUAUGAUACGUUGCAUAGCAUGCAUUAUUGAUUAAUUCAGCAGGGGAACAAGAUUAUUAUUCACUUUGUUGUAACAUUUUAUCUUAUAUUAAUAUUUAAUACAAAAUGUUAUUUGUAAAUAAAAUUGAAUUAGUUAUUCAUUCUA